AUGCCGCAGUCCUCCCACCCUCCUCACCCAAACAUAACGAUAACCCCGCCAACACCCUUGACCAUCCCGCUGCUAAAACGCCUAAACACCCUCCUCCUACCCAUCCCUUACCCGCAAACCUUCUAUAGCGAGAUCCUCUCUUCCCCUCUCCUAACUCGUCUGACCCGUCUGGCCUUCUACAACCCCCCUCCAUCCUCUUCCUCCCCCUCUGCACAACCCAUUUGCGUCGGCGCCAUCCGCUGCAGAUUAGAGCCUCACGGAAAAUUAUAUGUCAUGACGUUGUGCACCCUGAGCCCGUAUCGUGGGCUCGGUGUGGCGGGGAGGUUGCUGGAGGCGGUGGUGGGGAGAGGGGUCAGGGAGGUUUACGCCCAUGUUUGGGAGAUGAAUAUUGAGGGGAUUGGAUGGUAUGCGCGGCGCGGGUUCGAGGUGGGGGUUGUGGCCGGUGGGUAUUACCGACGGUUGAGGCCGGAUGGUGCACGGGUUGUUAGGCGUAGGGUGGGGGUUGGGGAGUGGGUUGGGAGGGAGGGGGUUGUUGAGGGGGAUGAUGAUGGUGAUGAUGAUGAGGAAGAGGAGGGACGGGAAGGAGAGGAAAUGUUUGGGGAUGGGGAGGAUGUGAGGGACGGAGAGCGCGGGCCGGAGGGGAGUGGAGAAGCACAGGAGGGGAGUGAACCGGAACGCGGAGGCGGGAACGGGGAAGAAGAGAUCAAACAAUAG